UCCUAAGCGUGCGAAAAAAAUGCAUUUAUCUACUUAACGAGGUCGUCACUGGGCACUGGAGUUGUUAAAGCUGACGGUCCCUGAAUGCGCCGCACUUUCGCUGCGCUGACCCCUGACAGCCGCUCGCCGUAAGUCAGCUCCCUCCUUUAACAAACACGGAAGCAGCAUGGCGUCCAACAGCAGCGGCGGUAGCUCCGACAGGCAACGUAUUGCAAAGCAAAGGCUGAGAAUAAUCGCCGGCCACCUGCAGAGACCGGCAGACGACGACUCGGCCGUUGGAGCCGCGGAGUGCACCGCCCAGGGGAGCAAGACAGACGCCUCCAGUGAGGAGAGGACGGUGCCGAGGAGAAGGCAUGAGAUUAUGAAAUGGAAUGGCUGGGGAUACAGCGAUUCCAAAUUCGUCUAUAAUAAGAAAGGUCAAGCCGAAUUUACUGGCAAAAGGUAUAGGUUAAGUGGUAUGAUCAUCCCUGGUUUAAAAGAUUGGAUGGAAAACACGUUCGGAGCCACUCUGCAGCAUAAAACUCCAGCAACACCCAUUCUGAAUAGCAGUGCUGUACAAGCCCCCACUCUUAACGAGGUUUUCGUGGAGGAACUGAAAUCCACACACAUUCCCUUUUCCCAUGACGCAGAGGACAGAGUGUUUCGUGCUCACGGGCAUUGCUUACAUGAGAUUUUUGCUCUGCGAGAAGGGAAAAUUGGCCGAGUUCCAGAUCUGGUAGUGUGGCCAAGCUGCCACAGUGAUGUAGAGAAAAUAGUAGAGCUGGCAUGCAAACAUAAUGUUUGUUUGAUACCAUAUGGAGGUGGGACGAGCGUUUCGAGUGCCCUGGAGUGCCCCCCAGAGGAAACCCGCUCUAUUGUUUCUCUGGAUACGUCACAGAUGAACCGCAUUCUCUGGAUCGACGAGAAGAAUUUAACCGCCCAUGUGGAAGCUGGCAUCGUCGGCCAGGAUUUGGAGAGAUUGCUUAAUGAGAGUGGCUACUGUACUGGCCACGAGCCCGACUCCAUGGAGUUCAGCUCCCUGGGAGGCUGGGUAGCAACCAGAGCAUCAGGCAUGAAGAAGAACAUCUAUGGAAACAUUGAGGACCUGGUCAUCCACAUAAAGAUGGUGACCCCACAAGGUGUGAUUGAGAAAAGUUGUCAGUGCCCACGCAUGUCCACAGGGCCAGACGUUCACCACUUCAUCAUGGGCUCUGAAGGGACUCUGGGUGUCGUUACUGAGGUAACGCUGAAAAUCCGUCCAGUCCCAGAGUAUCAGAAAUACGGCUCUGUGGUCUUUCCGAACUUCGAGCAGGGAGUUGCUUGUCUGCGAGAGGUUGCCAAGCAGAGGUGUGCUCCGGCAUCUAUAAGGCUCAUGGAUAAUGAGCAGUUUAAGUUUGGUCAUGCCCUGAAGCCUCAAGUAUCUUCCAUCUUCACGUCCUUUUUGGAUGGGUUGAAGAAAUUGUAUAUCACAAAGUUUAAAGGGUUUGACCCCAACCGCUUGUGUGUGGCCACCCUGCUGUUUGAGGGAGACCGUGAGAAGGUCCUGCAGCACGAGAAGCAAGUUUAUACCAUUGCUGCAAAAUUUGGAGGCCUGGCAGCUGGAGAGGACAAUGGGCAGAGGGGCUACAUGUUGACCUUCGUCAUCGCUUACCUCCGGGACCUGGGGAUGGACUACUACGUGAUCGGGGAGUCCUUUGAAACCUCUGUGCCUUGGGACAGGGUGUUGGACAUUUGCCGUAAUGUAAAGGCUCGCAUUGUUCGAGAGUGUAAAGAGAAGGGAGUGCAGUUCCCACCACUGUCCACAUGCAGAGUGACUCAGACGUACGAUGCUGGUGCCUGUGUCUACUUCUACUUUGCCUUCAACUACAGAGGACUCAGCGAUCCAAUACAUGUGUAUGAGGAGGUGGAGCAUGCAGCCAGAGAAGAGAUCCUCGCCAAUGGCGGCAGCUUGUCACAUCACCAUGGAGCUCCUACUGGCUCCAGACUCUCCCAACGAGCUCGUCGAGUUCAGGCGCGGUGCAGCAUUUCGUGGUGGACAGCUGGUGAGGUAGCGGCACCGGGCCUCGUGCCACAGCCACACUCGCUCCGCAGGUUUGGGAGGAGGCUUCGAGCCAAAGCCCCGCUAAGACUCGGUUGGCCCCGCCCCCCCGCCGGCGCCGAGGCCGGUGUCAGAACACCCUCGCGGGUCAGGAGCGGCGCGCCCGUGUGCACAAUGGGACAGGAGCCGCCCGCCCCGGUGGCUCAGAGCGAGGGAGCCGGGGACGGUCUGCUACAACCGCCAGCCGGCCCCUCCUCUGGGAACACACACAGCCUAAUGAGUUUGAUAGUCUGCUGAGCUCCAUAAAUCAUGCCAUGCAAAACAUUUCUCCUCUCUGAAUAAAAGCAUUUAUCACCCUCUGUUUAUUCACUCACUCUCACAAGAUUGAUUGGCUCCCAGCAGCCUGCCGAGCAAUCAGCCGUGCCGAUUCCUCUAUUUUCUUCCUCCGCGGGUUUAUUUAUUUCUUUAUU